GGGUUGGGAAGGGUGCGAAGGAGAGGUUUGAAAUGCUGAGCUCGUUUCUCAGCCAGACGGAGGAGUAUUUGCGGAAGCUCGGAGGGAAAAUCUGUGCGGCUAAGAGCGUUCAGGAGGUGGAGGAAGCGGCAGUGGCUGCUGCUGCUGAAGCCAGGGAGAAGGGCAUGAGCGAGGAGGAAGUGGAGGCGUAUGUUCAACGGGUGGUGGCCAGCCUGUCACGCAACGACGGUCCCGAGGGAGACGGGGUUGGAGGAGAGACGGGCGCGGCUGCUGUGUCCAAGUACUACAAGUUGGCCCAUUCGGUCUCUGAGGCCAUCACUCACCAGCCGUCCAUGCUGCGUAUGGGCACCCUGAGAGAGUACCAGAUGGUGGGGCUGCAGUGGAUGGUAUCGCUCUACAACAAUCGACUCAACGGCAUUCUGGCGGACGAAAUGGGCCUGGGCAAGACGGUGCAGGUCAUGGCACUACUGGCCUAUCUCAUGGAGCACAAGGGCAACUACGGCCCUCAUCUCAUCAUCGUACCCAACGCCGUGCUGGUGAACUGGAAGGCGGAGCUGCACGCAUGGCUGCCCUCCCUCUCCGCUGUCUUCUAUGUUGGAGGCAAGGAGCAGCGCGCCAAGCUCUAUGCCAAGGAAGUAGCCCCAAUGAAGUUCAACGUGCUGGUAACCACAUUCGAGUUCAUCAUGCGGGACAGAGCCCGGCUCUCCAAAGUGGAUUGGCGCUACCUGGUGAUUGACGAGGCCCACCGCAUGAAGGACAGAGACUCGCGGCUCUCACGGGAUCUGGACCGGUUUCGAGUGCAGCGGCGGCUCCUGCUCACCGGCACUCCCCUCCAGAACGACCUGCGGGAGCUCUGGUCGCUCCUGAACCUGCUCCUUCCAGACGUGUUCGAUUCAAGUAAGGUUUUCAACGACUGGUUCGCUUCCCCUUUCCAAAAAGACACCAAAGGAGGAGCAGGAGGAGCAGGGGGAGCAGGGGGAGGAGCGGCAGCGGAUGAGAUCGACUGGCUUGAGACAGAAAAGAAAGUGAUUGUAAUUCACCGUCUACACCAGAUUCUCGAACCUUUCAUGCUGCGCCGCAUGGUCCAAGAUAACAAGUGCAUGGAGCUGAGGAAGGUCGUCAACCACCCGUUUCUCACCUACUCCUCGUACGAUCUUGCUGUUCCCGCUCCUCCUGCUGCUGCUGGUGCUGCUGCUGCUGGUGCUGCUGGUGCUGGUGGUGCUGCUGCUGGUGGUGCUGGUGCCGGUGGGGAGUCAUAUGGUGCGUCAGGUGCUGGUUACCCUAGCGGCCCCUCUUUCUACAGCCCGGAUGUGAUCGUUCGCACGUGCGGCAAGUUCUAUAUCCUAGACCGAGUUCUGCUUAAACUGCAUCGCACGGGCCACAGGGUGUUACUAUUCUCCACCAUGACUAAACUCCUAGACCUUUUAGAAGACUAUUUGCGGUGGCGGAAUCUUAAGUACUGCCGGAUCGACGGAUCCACACCGUUGGAUGCUCGCGAGGCAGCUAUCGGCGAGUUCAACAAGGCUGGGUCGGAGCAUUUUGUCUUUUUGCUGAGCAUCCGGGCGGCUGGGCGGGGGCUGAAUCUUCAGAGUGCAGAUACGGUGGUUAUAUAUGAUCCUGAUCCGAAUCCUAAGAAUGAAGAGCAGGCUGUGGCACGGGCGCAUAGGAUUGGGCAGAAGAGGGAGGUUUUGGUGAUGUAUCUUGAGGCGGCCGGUUCGACCAACGCACGACGCAGGAAGAGCGGCGGAUGA